CUGCGAGCAGAGAAACGUGCGGACGACGAGCCCUUCUACCAGCCUCCGUACACUUCUACAUCUUUGUGGGGGAUUUUUACCAUAGUCAGAUCGAAGUAUUGUUCCUCAAGACUGUUUGUACAGACAGAUACAGAGAUGGAUGAGCUGCAAGAUGUUCAGCUGACCGAGAUCAAGCCUCUGCUGACCUACAAGAACUCUCAGAACUUCCAAGACUUUGACUGUCAGGAGCAUGACAUUGAGACGCCCCAUGGUGUGCUCCAUGUGACCAUGAGAGGCAGCCCUAAAGGCAACCGCCCAGUCAUUCUCACCUACCAUGACAUCGGCCUCAACCACAAGUCCUGCUUCAACACCCUGUUUAACUUUGAGGACAUGAUGGAGAUCACUCAGCACUUUGCCGUCGUGCACGUGGACGCCCCUGGCCAGCAGGAGGCAGCACCCCCCUUUCCCACAGGGUACCAGUACCCUACCAUGGAUGAGCUGGCAGAGAUGUUAUCCUCAGUCCUGACUCAGCUGAAGGUGAACAGCGUGAUUGGCAUUGGUGUCGGAGCAGGUGCAUACAUCUUAAGCCGUUUUGCUCUGAUUCAGCCGUCCCUGGUAGAGGGGCUGGUUUUGAUCAAUGUGGACCCCUGCGCUGAGGGCUGGAUAGACUGGGCUGCUUCCAAGCUCACUGGGUGGACUAGCAAUGUAGUGGACACCGUGAUGUAUCAUCACUUCAGCACUGAGGAGCUGACUGACAACCAAGAACUGAUUCAGACGUACCGCCUGCACAUUGCCCAGGACAUCAACCAGGACAACUUGGGCCUUUUCUGUGGCUCAUACAAUGCGCGUCAAGACCUUGGAAUCGAGAGGCCAGUUGUUGGUCUCAAUGAGAACACAGUGAAAACGCUGAUAUGCCCUGCUCUUCUGGUGGUUGGAGACACUUCCCCUGCUGUGGAGGCUGUGGUUGAAUGCAACUCUAGGUUAAAUCCAACAAAGACCACCUUGCUGAAGAUGGCUGACUGUGGCGGUCUGCCUCAGGUUGUUCAGCCUGGAAAGUUGGCCGAAGCCUUCAAAUACUUUGUACAAGGAAUGGGAUACAUUCCUCAUGUUUUGCUCAGCCAUCUGAGCACUGAAUCAGUACCAGCGGCUGGCAUGACCCGUCUGUCUCGAUCCCGGUCCUCCUCCUCCAGCAUCACAUCCAUGGACGGCUCACGCAGCCGCAACCUGAACAGCCCUCUGGACGGGCCCAACUCUGGAGUCCUGGACAACCAAGCCAGGCCACAAACCAUGGAGGUCUCCUGCUAAGGAAUCUGCUGUCUUCUGUCCUUUCACCCCCAACCCCCUGUUAUUUGUGUCCUAGAUACCUACAUGUUUCUAAUGCCUUUAAUAGUGAGGCAGGGGAGGCUCGAAUGAAAUGUAUUAUAUACUGAAGGUAUGCAUAAUGAAUAUAUACAGAUGUUACUAUAUGCUAGCCACAUUUUCAGUCAUAAAAGCAGAUACAAUUAAAGACUAAUAUAUAUUUACACAUGAAGGGUCUUCCAUCACGCUUUUUAUUUUCAUUUUUUUACCACGGUUUGCGUUACAUGGAAUUAAUUCCACCUCUUUUAUGAGCCACUCUCACGUAAAGGAAAACACAUGCAUUAAAAAAAUGUUUUUUUUUUAUGUUUUAUGGUGUGACCCGUGACCUUUCCUGUGCUCUUAUCGUGCUACACUGUGUGCUAUUGUUUAAUUUGUUAUGUCUUACAAAUGUGUUUUGUUGUUGAAUACACUUUCCUGUUCAUCAUAUGAAUGUAAUGAAUGUUCAGUAACUGACUUUUGUUGUAUUUAUAUUAAAAACUCUAAUGGGUUAUACUAAAAACCAUCAA